UAUGCGGCCAUAGAGAGAUAUAUAUAUAUGAGCACUGGUACCCUUUACAUGGGCUUUUAAAAAAUGGAAAGGGCAAGCGCGUAAAAAACUAAGGAUUCACAUGGUUUUUUUCUCCUUUCUUUUAUGAUUAAUAAUUAAUUUGUUUUAUUCCAUUAUUUCAAUUAUUACAUUCUUUUUCUACUUAGCACUUCAUUUCUCGGUUUUUGUUUUGUCUUUUUUGUGAUUUUAUCCCACUGGAACAGAUUUCUUCUGUUUAUCUCGAUUUAAUCGUUCAUCAUGUUGCUUCAUUUUGGUUUAAGUGCUCUGCUGCUUGCAGGGACGGCUCUUGCUUCUAUGCCAUAUAAUUCCACAGGUGCUAGUUAUGGAAAUGGAAAAGAUGAUGUCAACAAAAAGAAACCCGUCAAAACAGAAGGGGAAGGAGGCGUGGCUUUUAUUCCUCCUAAAUGGUUCGCUUUUUGUGGUCUCCUAAAUCCUUCAUAUGAUGAAUCUGAUCCAGCUUAUGUAGAAUUGUUUUUGAAGGGAAACGCAAACGGAACGGUUCACUUCCGUCCUAUUUUUCGCCAAGACUUAUUUCAAACUUAUAAGCAUGCUAUAGAUGGUGUUAUGGAUUAUAAAUUUUUAAAAGAUCUCGUUCCAAAGGCUAAUGAAGAUUUUUGUUAUUCCUCCCUUUCUUCAGAUAGAGACCUCAAUUCGACUGCGAUGGCGAUGACGGCAAACGAAGCGGGCACAUAUUGCUUUUUUGGAUACCAAGAGAUUGAACCAACUGGAAAUGGAGAAGCACCUCAACCUAUAAUGAAUGCCCGUUACAAAACUGUUGAUUACAAACAGUGUAAACCAGUACAUCGUAAAUUCCUCUAUUUGUCAUUGUUUUCUAGUUUCGUAGGUGUGUAUUGGCUCGUUCGCUGGCUUCGUGACACUAGAAAUUUUACCUUUACUCAAUUCCUUUUGUUGGUUUGGUAUUCCGCAUUUCUAGUUAACCAUCCUAUGAAACAAAUGUUGUUCACAUAUUGUGAUCUUAUAGGUCAAUACCUUGGCGAAAUAUUUUCGAUGUUCUCUUACUUGUUUGGUGACGGAAUCGAACGUUCUCUGUUUAAUUCAUUAAUUUUGGCUCUUUCACUCGGGUUGGGUUAUCUUCGACGUAGUUCAAAAAAGUUGGUUUUCUUGGUCGUAUUACUAGGUUGGGUUCAAUCGCUCUUCAUUGUUGUAGUACCUUUGAUUUUCCCUUUUCUAUUUUUAACCAAGUCUCCUAAAGCAAAGCCUUUGCAAUUGGUAUGGUUGCUUUUUAGUUAUGGCUAUCUUCCCACACUUCUAAUAAUCGGGAAAUUUUUGGCUUACCAAAAGUACCUAAAAACAGGACGUGCUUUUGAUUCUAAAUACAUGAAAAUCAAGAUCUUCAUUCCUCUUCUUUUACUAUCAAUCCUUGUGAACGUCAAAUUUUACUUACGCAGUGUACCCUUUUUUUAUACAACAGAAGAAAUCGCGAAAACUCUUUUUGGUGUUAUGUACUUUUGUCUUCUCGCCUUCAGUUUGAACAGAUAUGGCAGAGCGUUGAAAGAUGACAAAGCAGAAAAUUCAGAAAAUUUGCAGAAGCCUUUGCCAUUGUACAAAGACGAUCCUGAAAUGGGCUCGCCUGCUGAUGAAAAGCUUUAAAGGUUUCCAGUUGCUAAGAUGUGUGUCAAUUCGUUUGUUUCUCAAAAUACUUAGUAUUACGUCUAUGUCUCCUAAACAUCAAAAUAAAAAUAAGUUUUUUUGCACUGUCAGGACAGAAACUUCGCAAUGCGGAGUUACGUAUUUCGAGUUAAAGAAAACAACAAAUAACUAUCUUUGUAUGCUAAGUUGAAUGCUGUUAUAAUUGUUCAUAGACGUUAGUACUGUCCAGGGAUCUAAGUAACUAAAUGAAAUGCUUGGAAGAUGAUCAAAUUAUAGCCCAAGCAUUAAACCAUAUAAAUUGUUCCGAAAAACUCGGAAUUGUAACAAGAGUUCCGUGUUCUAGUGGUAUGAUUUCUGCUUCACACGCAGAAGGUCCCGGGUUCGAUCCCCGGCGGGACUAUUUUUUCUUACAUGCUAUAAAUAAGAGUAUACAAGUUCACUUAUUCCAUUA